AUGGUCGGCGGCAUCUCGCUCCGGCCUCCUCCACAACCACCAAACCACAACCCUCCCAUGAACCUUAACCAAUACCCUCCCCUUCCAUUGACUUCAUCUUCAACUCCACCACAAUCCCUUUGUAAACCUAAGGCUUCUAUCACUACAGUGUGGGCUGAGAUCCCAACUGUUAAUGCUACUCCUAUGGAGCUUGGCUCCCCACCUCCCUCAAUGGUUGCUCUGACUCCCUCGAGUUCAAGCUCCUUGAGUACUAUGCAGCCUGCUACCCAAACUGUAACUGAUACUAACCAGUCAACAAUGGAAGUUGCUGGAUCUACUAUUCUCGCGCCUCAUCCUUCCCCAAUGGAGAUUGGUUUUUCCGUUGAUGUAGUCCCACCUGCUUCUUUCCCUAUCCAGUUAGUUCCCCAAGCAGAUGUUUCUCCCCCACCAUCAGCCUCAGAAACCACUACAACCUCUCAACCAAACAACAACACUUGGGCUGCUAGAAUCAAAGUCACAGCUGAUAGAUCGCUAAAAAGUCUUGCUACUCCGACCAUCUCAUCUAAUGGAGUUCCUCGAGUUAGAAUUCCAGAUGCUGUAUUUAAUAAAGGUGCUGAACUUCAUAAAGACUUUAUCAUUGGAAUCUUCAUGGGCAAAACUCCCUCAUACAGUCAUAUACAAAGUGUUCUUACCCAUAUUUGGGGUCGAGGCAGAAAGUUAGAGAUCCAUCUAAGACAUGCAGACAGAUCUAUGAUGGUCAGGAUACCAAAUGACCACAUAAGGGAAAAAAUAGUGGAACAAGAAAUAUGGCACAUUGGGAACUCCCUAUUCUAUGUGGCUCAAUGGUCAGCAAAAGUGGCUCUCAAAACUCCAACCAUGAAAUCCAUCCCCUUAUGGGCUCAUGUGCGAGAUGUUCCUUUUGAUUUGUAUCACCAACAGGGCCUCAGUCUUGUUGCAGGUUUGAUUGGCGAUCCGGUGGAAGCAGAUGAAUACACUAUCAGAAUGGUUAACAUCAGUGUCGCUCAUCUCAAAGUUAGAGCUAACUGCACUAAGGCCCUCCCUUCCACUGUUGAAAUUGAAAGAGAUGAUGGCUUUGUUGUUCCUGUCUCUGUUGAAUAUCCUUGGAGACCUCCAACUUGUCCGUGCUGCCACUUUCUUGGCCACCUUCAAUCUCACUGCUCUAGUGCCGAAUGGAAACCUGUUCAAAAAGAGCCACAUGUCGAGCAAGUUGUGCCAAAACCCACUACUCAAUCGGUUCCUGCUCAUAAAGGUUCCUCACAUCACAAUGGUGACUCACAAGAAACAGCUGUUACUUCUCAAGUGAGUCGCCCGUCCUUGGCCGUCAGUUCUGAUGUUACUAGUGAUGCUACUUAUCAAGUGAAUCAUAUCCCAUCCUUGCCAGUCAAUUCUGAAGUUACCAUUGCUAACCUCUCCACCCCUACAUCUACCUUAUACCAUUCUAUCCCUAAUACUGUGGUUUUUGCCUCUUCUUCUAACCUCACCCAAGCCUCAGUUGCUAGUAUUACCCAUGUUCUUGCCCUCCCUGCUCAGUGCCCUACUAUUUCGGAUCCACCACCUGUUAGUCCCUCUAUCCUAGAAUUCCAGUCACCUACAAAGAUUUCCAAACAUAAACCUUCCAUUUUUUCCGUCAACAACCUCUCCACCACCUCUCAAACUACUGGCCAACCUAGUUAUUUCUCUUGUCUUGCCUCCCAACCACCAGAACUACCUACUCAUCUUUUACCCAAUCUCAUUCAUCAGAUUGAUCUUUCAUCAAAUCCCACUGCCAAAAUUUUAUCCAACCAAUCUCUCCCUGCUAGUCUCACCAUUUUUACUACUCCUCUUGGCCACAUUCACCCACAAACUUGUCCCCCCUCGGCAGCCCCUGAUCCUCAACCCAAAACCUCUUUUGUCCCUAUUACCCCACAAAUAGAUACUACCCUUUUAACGGAGUCUAACCUGAACCAUGUGAUGCAUUCUCUUUGGCCUCAAUAUUCCUUCAUCUCUAACCACUCUGAGGAUGAUGAUGGAAGAGUAAUAUUUAUCUGGAAGACCCCUACUGUUGUCAACCUUGUCCACAAGUCAAUACAAAUGGUGUCAGUUUCUAUUGGUGGCUUAAACACUACGCCUUUUCUCUCAACCGCUGUAUAUGCAGCAAACAGAAAAGAAGAGAGAGAAUUACUUUGGAAAGAUCUUGAGCUCUUACACAGUACCCAUCAGCUUGAUUCCAACCCUUGGCUUAUUGCUGGUGACUUCAAUGAGAUCAUCCACACUUCUGAGAGCUCCAUACCUACUCCAAACUACCUUUUUCCUCAGAUGAUGGACUUCAAGAAAUGCCUUGAUUGCUUGGAGGUGAAAGACAUGAGGUUCCAUGGUCCUCUGUUUACCUGGACGAACAAAAGACCUUCGGGCCCCAUUGCUAGAAAGCUAGACCGAUCAUUGAACAAUGAAGGUUGGUUUACAGCUUACCCUCAAGGCCUUGCCUCCUUCUUAGCCCCUGAGAUCUCAGAUCACUGUCCCUGCCUCAUAGAUCUAGCCAUUACAAAACCUGCCUCCGGAACAAAGCCCUUUAAAUUCUUUAACUACCUUACUACCCAUCCCGACUUCCUAUCCACUGUAACCGCAGCCUGGUUAAACUCUGGAAUUGAGGGUCAUACUCUCCUCUUGUUGAGUAAAAAGCAGAAAGAGUUGAAGAGAGCUUUGAAAACACUAAACAAAAACAAUUUCUCAGAGAUACAAAAGAGAGUGAGUGAGGCUAACCGUUUGUUAAAAAUUGCGCAGGUACACUCCUUGCAACAACCUGAUGAAUCACACUUCCAAGAAGAGAGGAACUUUGACCAUCUUGAAAUGGGAACAAUUGCUCUUGAACACUUCCUAAGCAUUCUUGCUCAUGUUGUCCCUCCUCCCUCACAUCAUAUCCUCCCAGAAGUUCUCCAACUGACAACAUUUUCAUGCUCGGCUGUGGAAUGGAUCCCUCAUGGCCAGCUACCGAUCCGUUAUCUUGGCCUCCCAUUGUGCUCAAAGAAGCUCUGCUUAGAGGAUUAUGAGCCUCUGUUACAGAAAAUAAGAGGAAAACUCAGUACCCUGGAGGGAAGACAUGUUGCCCGCAUCGCUUGGGACACAGUAACAACACCAAAGGAUGAAGGAGGUCUGGAAAUUAAGAAUCUCAAAGAUUAUAAUCGUACUUGUGCUCUUAAACUGCUUUGGCUGCUUCUGUUCAGAACCGAGUCCAUCUGGGUAGCAUGGAUUCAUCAAAAUGUCAUUAAAGACAGCAAUUUUUGGGUCAUCAAACAGAAACAAACUCACACUUGGAUCUUCAGGCAGAUUCUCAAACAAAGAACUCUUGCUAGUCAGUGGUUUAGGACACUACCUGGUAAUGGGAGGCGUUGCAGCUUCUGGUUUAACCUUUGGACUUCUCUGGGUCCGCUAAUCACACUCAUUGGUCAAUCUGGUCCAAGACAAACGGGAAUUCCUCUAAUUGCAACUGUGGCUUCAGUUUGGCGACGAGACUCUACUACGUUUGCUUGGUCGCUGGAAAUGAAGAUUCCGUCGAGAUACUCGUCGUCUCCAAUGCCAACUUGGAAGCUCAGACUACGAUGGGGAGAAGGCCACUGCACAUUGUGUGCAGCCAUAAUCGUCGACUUUGUCUUCAACAAUUUCACUGUUUUCAAACCCAACGCUUGCUUGUCUUACAAGAUGCAUAGGGUGUGUAGACAGCAAACUCGAACGCGCAAAAUGUUGAAGGGUACACAGCUCUUCACUUGGUCUGUUCAAGGCGAGGUACAUCGAUCUCUAAUUGCAGAGUUAGUCAUUGCUGGAGGUGCUAAUGUUGAUAUCCAAAAUGAGAGGGGCCAGACUGCACUUCACCGGUAUUGCAACAACGGCGAGCCGGACUGCCUCAACACAAUCUUACAAGCGGGAGCCAGUCGCGCCGCUAUGGAUGAGCGUGGAAGAGAUGAGAAACCCAGUUGGGAUGCGGAUCCGAGGGCCACACAGGAUGGGUAA